AUGAAAUUUUGGAAAACUCUGUUCUUUGGAGUCUUAUUUGAAGUGUGUCCUUUUAAUUUGGCCAGUAACGAGAGGUCUUAUGAACUCGUUGAUAAAGAUAAGUAUCCAGAGUCAGGCGUUUUACAAACCUUUGAAGACGUUCACAGUCCUGCACAAUGCGGAGUACUUGUUCAUGGAGCGCCAGAAUACUUUUACAACAAGUUUUUGAAUGUGUGUUUAUCAACUGAACAGGGGCCUCAGUCGUCGCUGAUGGCUGCCCCUGGCUUCUAUCAUUACAGACUUGCAUCUGAAACCUUUUAUGGAACCUCGACAAAUGAACCUGAGAUAUCCACUGGACAUCAUACACUGGAUAAAGAGAAUACAACAUCGAAUGAGCCUGUGACAUAUGAUCUUGACACUUCAACAGUACACCAAACAGACGGAACCUCGAUAAAUGAACUCGAGAUAUCCACCGGACAACAUACACUGGACAAAGAGAACACAACACCGAGUGAGCUUGUUACAAAUGAACUUGACACUUCAACAGUACAACAAACAGUUUGUGAAGGAGGCUGGUCUCCUUAUGGAUCUCAUUGUUACUUUUUUAGUACAUCGAAAAUGUCUUGGGACAAAGCAAAGGUAGAAUGUGAGGCUCAUGCUUCAUACUUGGUGGAGGUCGAUGAUUUAAAUGAGAACAGGUGGUUGUCAUAUAACUUUUUGGAAACGAUUGAUGGAGUGUCAUGCUCUGAUGUAUUUGCGUGUUCAGCUUGGAUCGGUGCCAGCGACCUUAUCAGUGAAGGCGUAUUUAGCUGGACUCGUCAGAACAGGUUAGUGACUCUGGCUUUCUGGGGCCCACUCCAGCCAAAUGACGUCCUCUCCUUUCCAACGACAGAAGAUUGCGUUAGUAUGCUCCAAGGAGGCUUUUGGGACGAUAUCAGCUGUGCAGACGCAAACAAUUUUAUUUGUGAAAAAUAGAGAACAAAUUUUAUUGACAAGAAUGUGACUCAACAAAUCAGCUUAUUGCCA